UCCUUGAUCAACAGCAGAGAGAGAGAGAGGUAGGCCCAUCUCUCUCCAUAAAUGAGAAUCAUGCUUUUCUCUCUCUUCCUCCAUUCCUUUUUCUCAUUCUUCUUCCCCAUUUACAGCCCAAUUCCACUAACUUCCUCGUCAUCAUAAGCACUAAUCUCGAGGAGAUAAAGAAGCACCUCUCUCUCUCUUGUUCCUUCCGUUUCAAAGUUUCUUCCUUUUGGGCGGGUUUUCAGGAAAUUUUGGAUUUUUCUCUUCUUAGGGACGUUUCUUUAAUUUCUGUGUUUCUUGUAGUUGUGGGUUUUUGUUUAUAGUUCUUGUUACUGUGUCACGCUUUUCUCUAGCAAACUGUGAAAGCUUGUGACGACUAUAUGAUUAUUCUGGCCUUCUAAUAAAAGUCUCCAUUUUUCUAUUGUUAAGUGAUGGGUACUGAUGAGAAGCCUCUUAAUCCUCUUGAUUCAAGCCAUGGUGAUUCUGCCCCUUCUUCAAAUCAGAAGGCCGAAGGAUCCUCUGCUAUUAUAGAAGAGAUAUCUGCAAAUGCUCAACAAUGGAGGCGAAAGAACCUCUCUUUGCAGAUACCCUCGAGAGCAACGGGUCUCUCUCCUGAAGACUCGGUUGUAAUCAAAAUGCCUCCAACGCCUAGUCCAACUCCAAGAAGAGUGAAUUUUUCUUUAACUUCGAGCUCUCCAGGUCCUGGUCCUACUUCUUCUUCUUCUGUUCCUCCGCGUGGCAAAUCGUCCCUGAAGAAUCUAAUCCCAAAAGUUGGGUUCAAACCAAAACACUCUAACACCGAUAUCGAGAAAGGACAAGGGGAUGUCUGUUCUCCUUCUGCACUGCAAGAGAAGGCUUCGAUAUCGAGGUCAUUGUCACUUACAAAGUUAUUUACGCCUAGGAUCAAGAGAACUUCAUCUCUACCUGUGACUCCCAUUAUUCUUUCAAACUCAGAGUCAGCUCACGGAGGAACCAGUGUUGCUCCUCAAACUCCAAGCAGCAAAGGGAGUGUGCAGAUAGCUCGCUCUCGUUCUGUGCCUGUUAAUGACAAGGAUGCAAGCCUAAGGGGAAUGGACUCAUUCUUCAGAGUUAUUCCUUCGACUCCUCGUGUAAAGGAAGGAGACAUUUUUUCAAAUGCAUUAGAAGCUGGUGAUACUGAAACAGGCGAUGCUGAUGGAGAGGACAUUCCUGAGGAUGAAGCAGUUUGUAGGAUUUGUUUGGUAGAGCUCUGUGAAGGAGGAGAAACCUUAAAAAUGGAGUGUAGUUGCAAAGGAGAACUUGCUCUUGCCCAUAAAGAAUGUGCUCUUAAAUGGUUCACCAUAAAGGGUAACAAAACCUGUGAGGUUUGUAAACAAGAAGUUAAGAACUUACCUGUAACACUCUUACGGAUCCAAAGCAUUCGAAAUUCUGGUGUUCCUCAGCUAGAUGUCACUGGUUACAGGGUUUGGCAGGAGGUGCCGGUUCUGGUAAUCAUCAGCAUGCUUGCUUACUUCUGCUUCCUCGAGCAGCUCCUGGUUGAGAAAUUGGGGACGGGUGCAAUAGCGAUAUCUCUGCCGUUUUCUUGUAUUCUUGGUCUUCUUGCAUCCAUGACCGCAUCAACCAUGGGUAUAAUGAGAAGAUUUGUCUGGAUUUACGCAUCUGUUCAGUUUGCUUUGGUGGUUCUCUUCGCCCAUGUUUUUUACUCUGUGGUGGAGUUGCAACCAGUUCUGUCGGUUCUUCUUUCAACAUUUGCUGGAUUUGGUGUCUGCAUAUGCGGAAGUUCAGUGAUGGUUGAGUUUGUGAGAUGGAAACGAAGAUGGCGAGCAAGAAGGCUCGAGCAGCAGCUGAACCGUUCUCAGACGCUUCCGCCACCACAACCGGUGGAUGCAACAACCUCUCAACAUCAUCCAAUUGCCUCUUAGAGCCAGGAAGUGGAAGAUACUUACAGUUAUACAGUAGUUGGUUAAAGUUAUGUUAUGAUUUGUAUAAAAAGAAUAGGGAAAGUGAUGGAAGAAUGCUUAAGAUUGUUCUUUUGUUUGUCUUGCUUCUUUACAUACACCACUGUAUUGUUGUAACUUGUAAGUUUGUAAUUUUGAUUUCUCAAUCUCUGCAAAUGAAUUGUUUGUAGUAGUAUUGAAGUUUUCAUGUGUAAUAAAUUUGGUAGUUAUGAAAA